AUGUCAGCUAAGGGCGGUGCUCGUAAGAAAUGGACAAAGACAACCAACAAGGAGAAGAGGGAAUGGUCCUGCAUUAUCUCACCAGAACAGGCUGCUGAUAUGCAGAAGUCUGUCCCAAAGCAGAAAACAAUUACAGUCAACAAGCUUGCUGAAAAGUAUAAAAUCUCUCUUACAGUUGCCCGUAAAGCUCUCGAGGCUAUGGCUGCUGAAGGAAAGAUCGUUCCAGUUAUUUCAUCUCAUGAUCUCAAGUGCUAUGCUCCACACCCAGAUCAUGUUGUAGAAAAGGUCGAAGCAGCUCCAGAAGAGCAGACUUCCAAGAAGGCUACAAAGAAGGGCAAGAAAUAA